UUUGAAAAAACAAAAAUAGGCAUUGAUGUGACUAGAGACAUGAAAAUAGAGAUUCUUGACAAAAUAGUGCAGACAGUUUUUGACAUAAAGGCAUACCCUGACAAUCAGGAAAUUGAAUCCAUUGCAUCUGCUUUGGUUUUAAAAUAUCCUUGCCUUAAGGAGCCUGGCAAAGGAAAGGGUUUUGAGGGAUGGUUGAUCAGCAUCAAAAACAAGCUAAACAAUUAUAGGGCAAAGUUGCGAGAGGCAGGUUGCAAUGAAGUAAUUGUUAACAGAAAGCGAAACGAUGAUGCCAGUGGUCGGAGGAGUUUCACUCUGAAAAAGGCAAAGCGUGGAGAAGUCAAUCAUGUACCGGAACAUCCAUGCAACCACACUGACACUUCACUUGAAGAGCAAAGAGUUUUUUUGGUAGAGGAAACCAAAAAGGCAAGAAGAGACAUGGCAGCCAUAAGUGAAAAAAUGGAACUAACAUUUUCCCUUAGAAGAAAAGAAAUGGUCCAAGAGCAGCCAAUGAUUGUAGAGGUUCAGGAGAGGUGGCCUGCACUCUUUUUUCAAGAACAGAUCUGUGAGGAAUUUUUCCGCAUCACCAACAAAGACCUACUAGGAGUCUUCAUGGCAGCCACUGACAAGUACACACCAAAGCUUCUGAAAUUAUACAGAGCCAGAAAAGGAGCGUUUGGACAUGAAAUGGAAGAGCUCCUGGAAAGACUUGAUGAAAGGACAACAGAAAUUGUUAAUCACAGAAGGACUGCUGCUUUGGAGGGCCUGCCUUUGUUUCUUCGAGAGAAACACACUAACCUUUUCAAGAAAUGUAAAGAAACUGAAGAUGGAACAAAGGGCGUAUCAGUUGGCAUUCUCUAUGUUACGGAAGAGGACUCCCGGGCAGCAUCUCCAGUGAUCCAGAACAUUGCUGUUGUACUGGAAGAGGUUGUUGUUUUGGAAGACAUUCCAGAUACCUCAAGUGCUGUAGCAUACCUCUUUGGCCUUCUUUAUGCACUCAACUUUUCCUAUCCCAAAGAACUCCGGUACACUUUUGACACAAUUCAGAAUGUUUUCAUGGAGCUUGGGACUGGAUGUACGCAACGUGUGCUUUCUCUUAAAAACAAGAUGUUAAACUAAUACUGUAAACAGUGUUGUGUCAAUGGUCUGAUGUUACAAAGACCUAAUGUACAAUUUGAGUACUAAAUCUGUUUCAUGAGAGCCACUGUUUAGGCACUGUGUUCAGUUAAAUGGGUAACACUUCAUAAUAACUACACACUAUGAAUCAUUUGUUAAGCAUUAGCAAAUAGUUAGUUCAUUAUUUGUUAAGUAUUAACUCUAAUAGGCAUUAAUAAGCACUUUAUAAAUAUAGCCACAAAUGCUAUAUUCUUAAAUUG